CACUGAGUCUUACGACAUGUUUACUGUCAUCCCAUCCAUAUAAAUGUACAAUGUACAGUGACCUAUAUGGAGUGCCGCCGUAAGGGGGGUGUAGUCAGGACGAUUCCAAGGGCUCCUGAGUGACAGGGGGCCUAAACAUUUUGGAAAAUAACUGGACAUGGGGGCCCAAUAUAAUAUGCCUUCAUGGGCCCAAAAUCUCUAGCAACGCCCCUGCCUAGAAGACUACAAUGCGACAAACAUACAAGAGUUUACGAAGCUUCUAGCACAGCGCAUUAAGACGUGGUAAACGACAAUGCAUUAAAUGCACGUGCUAUAAAUUACACGUAAGAGGGCUGGCAUAACCAGUACAAUGCUAAAAACGUAUACUAAUAUAGUACUAUCGGGGAAAAUGGGGUGUAGUGAACCUCAUACUGACUAAUAUCUUUUCGGUCGCUAAAAUAGAUAGAAAUGUUAUAAUAACAAGUUACGUGAUUUUAUUUAGUUUAAUUUUCACCCGUACGGGGAGCUCAAUUAAUUUAAUGAUUGGGUCUGAAAAGGAAGCUACAUCGUGGGCUAUUUGAGCGGCCGCCAGCGACAGCGGAUUAUGUGACCGCUGGUGUCAUGUGCGUGAAGCCCAUAGAGACGCAGUAUUACUUACAUACAUCAGUGGACUUUGGAGCCUGGACAGUAACGGCAGGUAAGGGAAGGGUGCGCCAUUCCGGGAGGCUGUGAGCUAGGGCGCAGCGGAGGCACGGAGAGCAGAGCGGAAUGGCAAAAUUUCUCACUCAAGAUCAAAUAAAUGAAUACAAGGAGUGUUUUUCGCUCUAUGACAAGAAGCGGAAGGGGAAGAUAGAAGCGAAGGACCUGAUUACGGUGAUGCGCUGCUUGGGAACCAGUCCCACCUUUAGCGAGGUGGAGCGACACCUGCAGAUCCACAAGAUAGAUAAGAACGGAGAACUAGAUUUUUCAACCUUCCUAACUAUGAUGCAUAGGCAGUCUCAGCAAGAAGACCCCAAAAACGAGAUUUUGGAGGCCAUGCGCAUGACAGACAAGCAGAAGAAGGGCUACAUCCUGGCUUCUGAGCUGAGGGCCAAGCUCACCGGCCUUGGAGAGAAGCUCACCAACAGGGAGGUGGAUGAGCUGUUCCGUGAAGCCAACGUGGGCCCCGAUGGCCGUGUGCACUACGAAGAGUUCACCAGGAUGGUCACACUGCCCCCUGUUGACUACUGAAGCAGAUGUAACUGGUUCCUGCUCCCCCCCCCCCCAAUACACACACACAAACACACACACAACAAAAAAAAACACUCACACAGUUUGAGAGGCCAGGCCGUCCACUGCUUAUGGCCCAUCUCAGUACAGUCCUGCUGUUCAUAUGUUUCCUUAGACGACAUGAUUAUUAUUCAGCAUAACUUCAUAGUAAAUAAAAUAUUUAUGUGACCAAUAAUGUUAGAUAUUGUUUGUCAUCGUUCUAUAUCUGUAAUUUUAUUGCUGUUCUGCAGAGUUGAGAGCUAUGGUUAGUUGUGUUAUGUUUCAUUAAUUCGUUUAAUAGUCGCUUCCAAAACCGGGGAGCCGUUCUGCGUUUCCUGCUCUCGUUUGAAGACAAUAUUUGCAGUUUGUUGGGUAGCGCCAUCUAGUGUCUGCUCUUUGUAUCUUAGUCGCUCACUCAUGGUAGAUCAUUUUUCACUUAGGUGUAAGAUGCAAAGUGAUUAUUUCCUUCGGUGUAUCUGUGUGCAGUUAGACUUUGAGGAGAGACGGGGAGAACAUGUAAACUCUACGUACGUAUCUAGGGUUGAAGCAACAGUGCCAGCCACUGCUCCGUCCCCAUUCUCCCGGACCGCAUUACCUAAUUCUGCUCGAGUCUGUUUUCUGUGCAAUGAAAAAAUGUGACUACUUCAUAAAUUGCAUCCUGCCGUAUAGGCUAAUUUGCGUAAUUUU